AUGAAUCCGGUAUCGUGUGAACAGGGCCCAUAUCAACACAUUUUGACAUUUGUUUUUCUCGCCAAUUUGAUGCAAGCCUCCAACUGUGAUUUGAACAUUAUCUUGUACCAAAAUAUCUCUAAGAUUUUAAACCUAAAGCUUCAGUAUAGUGAAAGAGUUACAAUGUUGUGGAUUUGUACUCUUUCGUUGUUUGUUUUUGGAUCUAUUUAUGCUGAAAGUGAUCCCGGCACUCCGAAAUGCGAACCCAUAGUAAAUCCAGUUUGCAAUGCCGUCAAAAUCCAAAUUAGAAAUGUAACGAUGUAUAACAUGACCACGUAUCCCAACUCACUUCUGCACCAAAAUCAAGAGGAAGCAAGUUUGGAGCUGCAGGAAUUCUAUCCGUUGAUUAAAGUGGGAUGCUCGAAAUACCUCCGAUUUUUUAUGUGCAGUAUCUACAUGCCAGCUUGCUCGCGGCCAUUGGCGCUGCCAUGUAGAUCACUUUGCGAGGCAGCUCGAGAUGGUUGCACAACACUGAUGAACAACUUUGGAUUUGCUUGGCCUGAUCCAUUUAAAUGCGAAAGAUACCCAAAUGAAACAGAAAAGUUUUGCAUCGGUGUUCCCAGAAGAGAGACAAUUAAAGAAUCACAAGAGUGUAUUCAGCGCCAAGAUGUUGUAAUGGUUUAUGAACUGGCAUACAAUACUCCGAAUCAAUUCGAAAAUGUAGAGAAGGCACUACAAGAGUUGACAUGGUCACUAAAGCUGAAGAACCACGACUGUAUCAGACUUGGUGUCAUUCUGGUCUGGAAAAAGGUUGAUACUUUGAUACCACUGUCCUGCACAUAUGGCGAUGCACCGUGCUAUAAGACGGCGUUAAAUAUCAUCAAAGAGCAAGCAAAACAACAAGCCAGCUCCGGAAAACUGAAUUUUUCAUAUGACAAGAGCAAUUUGGCUGCAGCAAUUGAAACUGCUUAUAAAAUGCUGAGUUCACAAAGCUCCGGUGCCAGACUCAGCGUUGGUAACUCUGUUAUAUUGGUUCUGAACAAUGGCCCAGGCAAAGAUCAUUUACCAACAGAAGACGCUGUAAAACACCUUCACGAUCACAGUAUCACAUUGUAUGUGAUUGCCAUGGGAGAGGGCAAGAAAGAACAUUUGGAUCACAUUAUUCUAGACGAUAACAGCGCGUUUCCAGUAAAAGAUGGAGGUAGUGCCAUACCUGCGCUGAAAACGAUCAGUAAACUAAUCGAUGGGACAUACAGAGUCGCUGAAGAAGCGACGUUGCCUAUUAAUCCAGCUAUUGGAGAAAUCCUUUUGAGUCCACAGUUUGACUUCUCCCCCCUUUCUAUUGAUGCUGAAAGUCUGGAGUUAAUUUUCACUGCUGAUGAAAAAUCAAACUUAUGCAGGGAGGCAGUUGACAUUGGGUUCGUGAUUGAUUCUUCAAAAAGCAUAAAAAAAUUUUACUCCAAAGAGAAGUUCUUUGUCCAAAGAGUAGCAUCAGCUGCUGGAUUUAACAAAGGUUCUCGAGCAGGUGUCGUUCUGUUUAGCUCUGGAUCCUAUGUGAAAAUGCUUGUUCCCUUUACAAAUAACAUUGGACAGUUUAGAAACGAUGUCGAUAAGCUGCCCUUAUAUGGGUACCAAACUAGAAUAGAUAAGGCGCUUAAAGUCGCUGGAGAAGAUUUAUUUGCUGAAAAGAGCGGAGAUAGACCGAAUGUAAAAGAUAUUUUGGUUCUCGUUACCGAUGGGAAACAAACUCCACCAGCCGGUGGGUACGAUGGAAAAAACGAAAUCGUUGUUGAACCAGAAGAUGAAGCAAGACUCCUACGAAACAGGAACAUCACUAUAUAUGCCAUUGGUGUAGGUGGUGCGGUGAACCAAACUCAGCUGGAAUUGAUUACAGGCUCACCUAACCAGGUUUACAUGCUGAAGCGAUUCGAUGAACUCGUCACAGAUGAAUUUAUCAAGAACCUUACUGUGUUUGCAUGCAAAGGAGGAGAACUGAAAACAGCUACACCAGAAGUGAUAACUUUCACCGAGAAAGCGCGAACGAGCCCAGCAACGACCCUAGCAACGACCCAAGCAACGACCAUAGCAACGACCACAGAUACUUCAGCGACUACCAAGGCAAAGAAAGACUGCAAAUGCAAAGGAUGUCGAGACUGCGGAUGUACAGAUGACUGCGGAUGCAGCAGAGGUUGUGGGGAAAAACCAGCUGUGUACUUGAAUAUCUUUAAUGGCGCAAACAGUAACAACAUGGUGGUACAAAGUUCAAAGGUUUCUCAGACUGGCCCGAAAAACGCUCUUAACGAAUAUGGACAGGGAAGGAACAUUCACCCAAAAUUAAUGGCUGGGGGUAGCCUUAAAAACAAAACAGUUGAAGAGAUUCGAGAGCUUCUUAAGACAUGGCUGCCAUAUCAAAGCAAAGUCAAUGAAGCUGUCGCAGAACUCAUUCGUCGGAGUGUGCAAAAGAGAAGAAAAAGAUCCGUUUAGAUUUCUUAGUCCGUCAUUUUCGAUUUUUUCUACCAGCUUUUCUAAAUUUAAAACUUGGUUUUGCAUCGCUGUUUGCUGGAUUUGAAAAUCGCCAUGUGUUAAUCGGGAUUUCACUACCUAUAAAGCCUCUCAAGAAGGCUGCUUAAACCACGAUACUUCUUGGUUUGAUUGUUUUUUGUCGAAUAGGUUUAUCUUAACCAAUCAGGUUCAUAUUGGCUUGUGGACACGUGUGAUAACACCUUUCUAGUGCCUAAUAUGGCGAUUUUCAACUUUAUAUGACCUUUUGCAAACCAAUUGUGAUUCAAAAUCUUAUUACAUUUUGAUAAAAUAUUUUUUUACAAUAAUUUGUUUAUGAUUUCUUUUAUCAAUACAGAAUACUUUUCGAUGUGAUCAUGGAAAUAAUGCAAAAGUCGUUUUUACUGAAUAGAUAAUUAGAUAAUUAGAGGUUUAUGGUAAAUUUAAAUAAAGCUGGGAAUAAGUUGUUGUUGAUUGAUAGAUGAAAAUUUAAGUAGUUUGCAACAA